AAGGGACCCCUGAAACUUACCUCUUGACCACCCUGGACUCAGGGUUAGGAAGGACUUGAUACCACAGAUAGGCAAAGGAGGCCCUCCCAUCCAGCUACCUGGCCUGGGCUUCCUCCCACACUAGUUUUUUCAUCAAACUUGGCUGGUAUUUGAAGUCCUGUAAUUUGUACCAGGCAGACACUGGGAGAAUGCAGAUGCACAGGUGUACACCGCAAUCCAGAGGCCCCAGGCCAGACUAGGAAACUCUGGGCUCCCUGGUGAGCUGCAGUGUCACACAGGAGUAUGGGAAGGAGGAAGGGGAAAGAUAGCAAGGCAGGAGCUGAACUUGCUGCUCACAGUGGGAUUUUGACAGUGAGAGUCUCAUAUACUGCUUCCCUCUGGUGGCAGCCAGCUGCCCUGCAACUUUGAAGCCACGUGAUUUCUGGGAAAAGGACCUCCCUGGAGGAGAACUGAAACUUAGGGUGGGGACUAUCGAAAAGGGCGGAGAGAUCACGGAGACGCCUAUCCAGGAACUAAGCUGAGGUCCUCUGAGCCCUGGAACAGCCUGGACAGCGGCUCAGAAUGGCAUCAGGCAGGGUGCGCAGCACCCGAAAACUCCGAAACUGGGUGGUGGAGCAAGUGGAGAGUGGACAGUUUCCAGGGGUGUGCUGGGAUGAUGAAGAGAAGACCAUGUUCCGGAUUCCCUGGAAGCAUGCAGGCAAGCAGGAUUUCCGGGAGGACCAAGAUGCUGCUUUCUUCAAGGCUUGGGCAAUAUUUAAAGGAAAGUUCAAGGAAGGGGACACAGAAGGCCCUGCUGUCUGGAAGACUCGCCUGCGCUGUGCCCUCAACAAGAGCCCUGAGUUUGAAGAGGUUCCUGAGAGAGGCCGCAUGGAUGUUGCUGAGCCCUACAAGGUGUAUCGACUGGUACCACCAGGAACUUCCAAGCCAGGGAUCCAGAAAUCACCAUCAAAGCGAUGCCAUAGUUGUGUGUCCUCUGAGAAGGAAGAGGAAGCGAGUACUUUGAAAAACUGUAAACCCAGUCACUUCUUGCUUCAGGACCCCCUUGAUAAUGAGGAGGAGGGGACUGGUGGAAGAGAAGGCUAUUCAGAUUGCAAAAGCAGCAGCAGCAGCAGCAGCAGCAGCAGCCACAGCCACAGCCCUGAGCUGCAGGAAGGUACCGACACAACUGAGGCCCUCUUUCAAGAGGAUCAGGUGUCCCUGGAGUUUCUGCCCCCUCCAGAGUCAGACUACUCGCUGCUGCUCACCUUCAUCUACAGCGGGCAUGUGGUGAGCAAGGUGCAAGUACAGAGCCUGGACUGCCGCCUUGUGGCUGAGGCCUACAGCUCAGAGAGCAGCAUGAAGCAGGUGGUGUUUCCCAAGCCUAACCCACUGGAGCCCACACAGCGCCUGCUGAGCCAGCUUGAGAGAGGUGUCCUGGUGGCCAGCAACUCCCAAGGCCUCUUCGUGCAGCGCCUUUGCCCCAUCCCCAUCUCCUGGAAUGCACCACAGGCCCCACCUGGGCCGGGGCCACAUCUGCUGCCUAGCAACGAGUGUGUGGAACUCUUCAGGACUGCCUCCUUCUGCAGAGACUGGGCCAAUUACCUCCAGGGCCUAGGCCCCCAACCCAAGUUCCAGGUAACACUGAAUUUCUGGGAGGAGAUCCCUGGUCCCAGCUAUACUGCACAGAAUCUUAUCACAGUGCAGAUGGAGCAGGCCUUUGCCCGAAACUUACUGCAGGAGACUUCAGGGGAAUUACCAGCCAUUGAGUCCCUGAUGUAGAGCCCAGGGAACCCACCUUCCACCUCAUCUCUCUGUUCUUCCUAUUUCCUUUGAAGUAGGCUCAGUCUCCACCCUGUUGACUGAUCUGUUUCCUUUGUGAUAAUUUUAAAUGCUUAUCUGUGAUAGUUAUGUCCUUGAGCUCUUCACAUACACUGGCUAUUAUCCAGAGAACUCAAGGAUAAUUUUUUUCUUUUUUUUUU